AUGGCGACAGCGGCGACGGCGUUUUUGGCGGUGAAAGCGGUGCAAUUGGCCGUGGUUUACUUUACUCCGUCACAAUUCGAUACCCUGUCCCAAAUAAUUGUGGACACUUACACUCAAGCCCGCAGCCAGCUCCUAAACGAAUGGCAUCUCCCCAACGCCGCCGCCUCCAUCCUCGAUAAACUCAUCGCCUGGGACGCCGUCUACUUCAACCAUUUGUACGUCGAUGACAUUGAUUUCGAGCACGAGUACGUGUUCUGUCCCCUCUGGUGGCGCCUUAUCAAAUGGAUCCCUUUGGGCCAGGGCAAUUACUAUAAGAAAGCGUUAGUGCUGAUUAUAGUGCUGAACCUCUGCCACUGGGCUUCGAUAGUGAUGGCAAUUGAGCUCACUAAGGUCUACUUCCCCGCCUCAGUGCUUGCUAAGCGUCCCCUGCUUCCUCAGACGGUCGGUAAGCUCUACGCCAUACUACCGGCGGGGAUCUUCUUAACGGUGGGGUACCUGGAAAACUUGGCCAAUUUGCUUUCGUUGACGAUGCUCUGGCUUCAUCAGACCAGUAUCGGUCCUGACUAUCGCACCAAGGCCAAAUUGGCGAUUAUUUCGCCGUUGAAGUAUUUGUUAUCAGGCGUGGUGCUUGCCGUUGCUGUGGGUGUACGCGCCAAUAUGAUCCUCGCCGGGGUUUUCUACCUCUUUGACCUCUACCAGCUUGGUUAUCUUAGCCGUCAGUUGAAGACGAUUGCCCUAAUCAUCGUUACUGGAGCCAUCCCUCUCCUUUCAAUGAUUGGGCUUAAUGCCGUCGCCUACGCCGCCUUUUGUCCCCAACGCGGGGCCUGGUGCCAGUGGCCGGUGCCGCUGUUGUUUCAGUACGCUCAAUCCCACUACUGGAACGUCGGGUUCUUGAAAUACUGGACGCCUAACAAUAUUCCCAAUUUCGCGUUUGCCGCCCCCACCGUCGCCAUCCACGCCCUCGCCAUUAAAGAGUUUGUAUCGAAGUUACCAGUAAUGCCUCGGUUUGUCUCUUUAAUUGCAUUCACGGCGAUGACGGUGGCGGGAGCAGUGUUUUUCUGGAACACUCAAAUCAUCACCCGAAUGGUGUGGGUAACUCCCCUAGCCGUGUGGUAUUUGGCUUUACAACUCACUAGCCCGGAAACUACCACCCCGCUGCGUUGGACGCGAAUCUAUAUUGGCUACGCUCUCGUGUGGAUCCCAUUACAACUGGCUCUUUUCGCUGCUUUCCUCCCGCCAGCCUAA